AGUUCAUGAUGUAGUCUGGUCAUUAGAAGACCGGACUUAGUUCACCACAAUUAAAUUAGAGCAAUUAAAGAGGCAAUGAGAAGUUCGAGUCAGUAAGGACUUUUGCUUUAGGUGCUGAUCUCUUGAUGUCUCCAAAUAAAUUGCAAGCGAGAGUGCGGGGAAUAUCCGAGCGCUUAUUUUAAUCAUGACAUUAAGUUUUUCGUCGUUCUCAAUCAAAGACAUCCUCACCGGGCGUGAUGCCCGGGGAAGGCCCGGUGCCAGGAGUACAGAGGAGCUCCGCGCACCAAAGAGCAACAUCUGCACCGGGCGUGGUGGUACGAGGCUCCCUGAUCUGUCUCAUCAAGACGGCGAAGAGAACCGCAUCCGCCCGGUGAGACUUUCUGCUGAUCUCAGUCUGUCUGUGGGACAUCCCCGAGCUGAGACCUUCAGCGAGGAGCUCACAGGAGAGGACACUGAGCACAGAGACGGCGCCGCAGAGCAGCAGCCACACCGUGAAGAACCAGACCAACGGCAGAAGAAGGAGGAGGACGAAGAGGGGGGACAUCACCACAGCGAGGAGACAGUCAGCUGUUCAUACGAUGAGCGGCAGUGCAGGCCGGGUACCAAGAAGCGCUCCAGAGCGGCCUUCUCUCACGCACAGGUCUACGAGCUGGAGCGCCGCUUCAACGCGCAACGGUACCUUUCAGGCCCUGAGCGGGCCGAUUUGGCAGAGGCACUGAAACUCACAGAGACCCAGGUGAAAAUCUGGUUCCAGAACAGGAGAUAUAAAACCAAACGGCGCCAGAUGACGGCCGAGCUGGCGGCGUGCAGCCCACCAAAGAAAGUAGCAAUACAAGUGCUGGUGAGGGACGAUGAAACGCCGUACAGUCGGGCGAAUGGAGUACACAUCCCUGUAACUGUACCACUGUACCAGGCCUACCAGUACUACCCCUACCUGCAUUACUGCUGCCAGCCCUGGAACAUGAGCAGCAUGUCUUGUGGAGGAAAGCUCUGAAAAAUACGUGACUUGAACAAGUGUUGGCAGCUGCCUGUGCAGUCAGUGGAGGACACGAUACGAUCCUAAAUGCCGUCAAACUCACUGAGAUUCUACAAUUUAAUUUUCGAUCAUCGUUAUGUUUGUACUUAUUUUCUUUUUAAAGCGAAACAGUAUCAGAACUCGGCCUGCUCUUUAGGGCUCAUAAAAUGCGAAUAAAUCUGACCUCGAGAAGCGUAAGUUAGAUAAAUUUAAAAUGUAAAAACAUGAGAUGAAAUGAAAUAUUGUAAAUGUUAGACUGCCAUCGAGAUUAGUGUGGGCAUAUUAUUUGGCACAAUACAGAGCUCUUUUGAGCUCAGUUGAUUAGAUUAUUCCUGUGUGAAGAAAUCUUAAGCAGACCACAUCUUGUAAUAAUUCAUCAAAAAAAUAAUUCAAACUCAAGUCAAACUUCUUAAUUUUAAUAGCCAAUCAUUUCAGUAUACUUGCACGAUUAUAUAUUUUCUAAAGGUUUGGGUCAUAAAGGUGCAUUUUGCUACAGAACAACAAUCCUGUCUCUGUCUCAGGGAUCCAUCACACCAAAUAUUAUUUCUACCAAAAAUAUUUUCCUCACUGACUUUGCCUACUUCUGCAUUCUAACAAAAGCAACACUAUAUGUUGGCCAUAAAUUUGAGAUCACUUGCUAAUUUUACUCCAUAUGUAUAUACGAUUUGAUCACACCAUAUUAAAGUUUUAAUUCUUUAUUUUGAUGGUGCAAUAAGUUGUUACAACACACAUUUGGAGAUAUAAGGGAAGGUUAUUGCAGGGUUUUUUCUAAGUAAACGGUAUGUUUCAAAUAAAAUAUUAACAAUGCUGGGGAGGGUGUUGUAAUUAAAAUAAAUAAAUAAAUAGAAUAAAAUGAAAGAGAUUUUAUCCCAUUCCACAUCCCAGUGAUUCUCACACAGUCCUUAAAUAUCACAACAGAGAGGGGAAAAAGGGGGGAAAUGGUUAAAAGUGGCAUUUUGUGGAUAAUCUAAAAGAUAAUCCACCAAAAAAAAAAAUGCUUUGUAUCCACUAGCACAAUUAAAUUUGUCAGUUUUAGAAAAAACACUUGCAAUAACUCUAGUGGGUCUGGAACAAUGUAGCUAAAUAUUUACAAAAUGUAUUACUGUAAGCAUACUAAAUCAGGCUAACUCACUUUGAGUUCACCUGAGCCUAUAGGAUGAUCUAUUUGCUACCUUUUCCCUUCUCGGUGACUGCCAGGAACUGUCCAUUUUAAGCAACCAGACAGAGCAGAAAGGAAUCCUGAAUUUAUACAAACCCCACAAGAGAAAGUAGCUUAUCUCAGUGUGCCAGAAGCAUGACUGAGUCGCUGACAUUUUUAGUAGGCAUUUAUUUUCUUUAUGGGACAUCUUUAUUGAUCAUGAAACUCAACAUAACACCUGCAACAAGACAUUCUGAAUGUGAGCUUUAUGGACCAUUAGUAACCUUUUGGAGUGUGCGAGCAUGUGUGUGUAUAUAUCUAACAGAUUAAGAAGCAGUCAGGCUGGGCACAGAUAAAAAGUAUAACUUACUGUAUGCUUUUUAAAUAAAAGUGUAUGUGGAAAACAGACGACAGCAAAAUGAAUUUAUGUUACUAGUAUAUUUUGGUGUUACGCAACACUAGCACAAUUUACCGACUCAACCAGAUGAUUUUAGAAAGUGAAUAUUCCCUGCGUGUUUUACAUGUGUGUCAUGAAUAGGCCAGCUCUGUUCUACUCUGUGCUGCAUGAGUCAGAGAGGGUCAAUAGACCAUGGAGAUGUUGCACCAUCCAGCCGGGCUGCACAAGACAGCACACAUUAAUCAUGCCUUGCUCAAAAGACUACACCCUCAUCCAAAAUGAAUGUACACAAUGGCCACUUGAUAGGAAAAUAAAAGCAUAAUUCCUGAAUGAGGUGAGUGGUGCUUUGGAGCCUGCAGGGGAGGGCAUUCAGAACACACGCACACUCUGCCCCGACUGAUGAACAGAUUAAAGAAGUUUUGUACAUGGUCAGAAAUUUAAAAAUAAAAAUAUUUUGUGACAUGUUAAAUGAAAUCACUUGGCGUGUUAUGAGGUAAAUUAUGUGCUUGUGUACAAAAUGUGUCCAGGAAUUUACCUGCAGCCAGCCUCUUGUUUAUCUAAACCUCGCAAAUAUUACAACAUUAAAGAAGGCGUGACAUAAAAGACCUGUCAUCUAAAAUAGGUACUUCAGCUUCCAUUCUCCCACAACAAGCAGAUUUGGCACAGAGGAUCACCUAGUGCCAUACAUUGGCACCAGCCCAAACCUCAUUUAUCGCUUUUAUCAAAACACCACUUGAAACUAUCCUAAGUGGUUGACACAACAGGUUUCUGGAAGGGAGGAACAACACUUCUAAUAGCACAUCCUGACUGCCUGUCAGUAAAUGGGGACCAUUAAAGCUAAUUAUUGUCAUUAUACAGCGUGCAUUUGUUAUUGAAGACUUAGACGACUAAGACUAUGCGGCAGGAAGGGUCACAGUUACUGCACAGUGGCUCCGAGGUAUGCCACUGUGUAUGUGCUCUGAUUAUUCACAUUGUGCUGGUGAAUAGUUGCUUAAGUCAUUGCUGUCUACCGUGUCUAGAUAAGAUUUUGUCUUUAUCUGCAACCAGUCUGUGAUGUCACACUGAUGUAAAUUUCCAUAGAGGACAGCUGGAAAGAGUGAGGUGACUGUGAUGACCUCCAUCUGUAAAUGAGCUUAAGUAAUAUAAAGUUGCUGUUUUGUUUUUUUUUUCUGAGAAUCACAUUGCUUACAUACGACAGGCUGAACUCUCCCUUAUCUUCACUUAGGUCUGUUACAAAUUAGGUGUUAUGUGUUUAGGUGGUUAUGUUUUGGGCUGCUAUUCUUCAAAACUCUGAGAGUUAAAUGCUGAACUCCAAGAGCUUGGUGACAUUGUUACAGCAAAGUCUAACAGGACAAGAAACACAAGCAGUCAGACAAGCAUCAAGUCAACAUUUCAGCAAUAUUAUCAAAAUGAAAAAAAACUGUGUUGUAAGAAUCCCUUUUUAGACCAGAGUUGAACCAGGAUGUUUUCAUGUGUAUGUGUUAUAAUUUUACUGUUGUUUGCCUUUGUUUUCUUUUCCAAAUACAUUUGGCUCAACUUUGGGUUUGUUUAAAACCUGCCUGAUUGUCUGAUAUGUUUCUUGCCCUGUCAGACA